AUGUGCAAACCCCGCCUCCUAACCGAGUUCCUGGCGCUCACGUCGCUGCGGGCCGUGUCCCUGGGCGCGCUCGCCCUCGUGCUGCUCGUGUGCGUGGAUCAGUGGCGGAGCAGGGCCCGGCCCGGCGGAGUGGCAAGACCGGACGAUUUAGACAAUGAGAGCUGGGGAUAUGUUCACCCUCGGCUGCUUGGAGUGCCAGAGCUGUGUCACCAUUUGGCUGAAGGAUGGGUGACCGGGACCAACUUCUUGAGAAAUCUCUUUAUUUUCAAGAGGCAAAACCCUGGCAAGUUUUGCCUUCUAGUAUGUGGAGUCUUUACUUUCUUGGCUGUUCUGGGCCGGUACAUCCCUGGAGUCCUGCUCUCGUACUUUCUGAUGCUCUUCAUCCUGCUGUGGCCCCUUGCUGUGUACCACAGACUGGGCCAGCGCAUGUACACGAAGCUGGAGCCAGCUCUGCAGCGGCUGGAUUUCGGUGUUCGAGGCUACAUGAUGGCAAAGCAGCGGGAAAAGCAACUGCGACAGAGAGGCCUCAGCCAGGAGACGGCGGAUGACGGGAGUGACAGCGAGGAGGAGCUCGCUGCCUUCUGCCCCAAGCUGGAUGAAUCUGUGGUUGCCAAGGAGCUAGCGAUCUCUGACUCGGAGCAUUCGGAUGCUGAGGUUUCCUACACGGAGAAUGGGAUGUUUAACCUUUCCAGAGGCCAGACCCCGCUCACAGAGGGAUCUGAAGAUCUGGAUGGUCACAGUGAUCCAGAAGAAUCUUUUGCCCGCGAUCUCCCUGACUUCCCUUCCAUAAAUCCAGAAGCAACUGGCAUAGAUGACGAAGAAGACACCAGCAUUGGGAUUCCAAGUCUUGCCUACCGCUCACAGGUGUCGGAAGAUCUACAUCUCCCCUAUGAGCAGGAGGAAUCUGCUGCGCUGCCGUCCGUCCAGAAUCUCACCAACAACAUCGCUGGCUUUGUCACCAGAGGGAUGAUACAGCUUGCGCUAUCAGGAGCCGCCCAGCCAGGCUCCUCACGCAGUGACAAUCCCCAGAGAGCUUCAAAGACCUUUCUCAGAACGGCCAGCUCAGAUUUGGACACUGAUGCAGAAGGGGAUGACUUUGAACUGCUGGAUCAGUCUGAGCUGAACCAGCUGGAUCCGACGGGCUCACGGGGCCAAUAAGCAAUCACAUCCCUUCCCUUCUGGUUUUCUGUUGUGCAUCGUGGAGGGGAAUCCUUGAAGAAAAAGGCAUUGCACAGUAACCUAGAGUUGUCUCCUGUGUGAGUACAAGUGAUAAGACAACCAAUCCUGGCUGGGAACACCACUGUGAAAUGUGACUCUGUAGCCUCGCUUGGAUUAUUUUAAAAUAAACUACACUGGUAAUUCAUAGGGAAAAGGCGUUGAUGUGAUAGCUCCACAAUCACCCAUGCGUUGCCCUGCAUUAUCUGCCAGGAUGCUGCUUACUCCAAACUUCCUCACAUAAGACAAUAAAUCUGGUGUCUACCGCUCUAGAGGCCACUAGUCAGGCUGACUUAGCGUCACCGAGAACAAUCUUGCGGCUGACCUUCCUGGGGUGCCACGUAACGAGGUGAAUGGGAUUGAUUUCCCCUCAGACUUGAUGUUCUGUCUUUAAAACAACCAUUUCCUACUAAAAUGUGCAUAGAGUCUGAUUCUUCUCCCCCAGCACUUUCCAGUUCUGGGUAGAAUCUUCUCGUUUUGCCUCAGCUGUGGACGUGACGGUACUGCCACACACGUUUGCACGUGAAAUGAGCACUCAUCUCCAGCUCAAGCUUUCCAGUGAUGCUGUUUUGUAAGAGACAUAAUGGCAAUAAGACACCUACUGUGAUGACUAGAAUCCUGCACAGAACAUCUACAUGUGGCAGCUGCUCUCGUGUUGCUUUCCUCAACUAAUGGACUAAGUUCUUUUUUUUCCCCCGUGUUAUUCCAGAACACGUUCGGCAUGGACACUAGCAAUACUCCAUCUCCCUUACACUGCCUCUUAGGGAGUUACUAGGGAAAGGUUUUCUGGAGGAGGGAAGUGGAGCCAGUCUCCCGGGCCAGGCUUGUUCUUGGUCUCCGAGACAGUCUUUUGUUCCACAACUUCGUGUAGCUGAAAACCUGCCAGUAGGAUCUGAACAGAGGACACCAGCUCAAGCACCAAGUGACCAAAAAGCAUGUAACUAUUACGGUCACUUAAACAAACCAGCAGUCUCGAGGGAGAGACGUUCUGUAGGCUGGGUAGCCCAAGCCUUCCAGGUCUUUCCGAGUCACUGAGCUUUCCCAUUGCUUUUUUCUAAGCCAUAAGACUGACCGAUAGAUCACCUGCGUGCAGCAAAUUUACCUCUUCAGGAAAACUCCCAUUUAUGUGCUUUUUUCUUGUCUAAAUCUGCUUGCCUAAAAGUAUUGGCCAUACAGAUACUUACAUUGUUCUUGAGUUUGAGAUGAGGAGGCAGAGGGAGCUGUCUUCAGCCAUAAGUAAGAACAAGGCUUUAUUAAAUUGCUUUAAUAUGAGCAUAAAACUUAACUUAGGCCUUGCGAGGACAAACCAUCAUCUAAUAAAAUGUCAUUCCCUCUUGGCACCGAAAGCAACCAGCCUUUCCCAAAUCCCUAACAGAGCUGGGAGGUACCAGGUAGCCAAGUUUGUGUGUUAAACACCCUUAGCAGUCGCUUGGGGCUUUAAAACUCCUUUCUUAUUUCAGAUGGGGGUGUCGUUCUCUGCUGUGGGAGCUCUUCACCUUGCUCAGUCACUCAAUGUUUUCCAGCCUCCUCUUUUCCCUUCAGCCUGGGGGCAGAUGGGGCUCUCUCUGGUGGUACCUGACACAGUUUAGCAUGAGCUAAACGCUGAGCUAGUAACUGAACACAUGAGCUGGUAACUGCUGCCACCGCGGUCAGCUCUCGUCACUGCACUGCCCUAGAGGCCAGGACAAAACUUGAGCUAUUGGAAGCCCCUGAUUUCUUGGGAGCAAUAACUGAACAAGCCACUAACUUGCACUUUAAGUAGUUCUGGGCCUGGACCUGGAGCCCAACGUGUAGCUCUCACUGCCCCGUGGGGCCCCGAUGUUCUUUUUGGUGAAGCAAGAUGAAUUUUAGCUAAAAAAAGGAAGCUGCUAGAAAAAGAAUCUGCUUUUGACUCUGCUGAAAUCGCAGCCUUAGGCAUGGCUACGAGGCCACCGCUGUGCAGCUUGCCAGGGCCGUGUCAGCGCCCACUGGACUUGAGCUCGGAGCAUCCGCAUGGUUCCUGUCUGGAGGUUUCUGCACCUGCCCUGUCAGGCGGAUUCGGGUGUGCGUGGACGGGGCAGCUCCUGUCACCGGCUCUGUUUUAUUUGCCGCCGCAGUGGAAAGGCCCAGGGGAGCAGCUGCCCCGCACAGUGGUGUCGAGCCCGCUCCAAGCCCAGCAGAGCUGCCCACAGACUCUGCGCUCCUGCAGCAUCGCUGGGGCGCAGCGGGAAGCACCCGGACGCUCCAGCUCUGCUCUCCGGCUCCAGAUCCGCUCGAGCGCUGCCCACAGGACAGUUUGGAGAAGGAUCCCCAGGACGAGGGGAUGGAGAGAGACUUGGAACACUUACUCGCUGUGGAACUGAAAGAACUGUUUCCUCUUUC